CGCACGCACGCAGCCGCAUGCCCGGGCGGGCGCCGCCGUCGCCGUCCAUGCGGGGCGGCGGGGCCGAGGCGGCGGCAUGAGCCAGAGCGAGGUGUCGCCGUGCGCGGCGCCGCCGCCGCCCCCCAGCCAGCGGGUGUUCCAGGAGGCGGUGCGGCGCGGCAACACCAAGGAGCUGCAGUCGCUGCUGCAGAACAUGACGAACUGCGAGUUCAACGUCAACUCCUUCGGGCCCGAGGGGCAGACGGCGCUGCACCAGUCCGUCAUCGACGGUAACCUCGAGCUCGUCAAGCUCCUGGUCAAGUUCGGCGCCGAUAUCCGCCUGGCCAACCGCGACGGCUGGAGCGCCCUGCACAUCGCCGCCUUCGGGGGCCACCAGGACAUCGUCCUCUACCUGAUCACCAAGGCCAAAUACUCCGCCGGCGCACGGUGAUGCCCGGGCUGCCCCCGCUGCGCUCGCCCGGUGAUGCCGGGACCCCCCCACUCCGCGCUCCCCCGGCGAUGCCGGGGACCCUCCCCGCUUCCCCGGCCGCCAGAGCUGCUCCCGCCCCCGCUCGGGGCGGGUUUGGCGAAGAUUGGGGCCCCACGCAGAACACGCCACAUUUUUAAGUUU